CUUCAACAAACGAACCAUUCACUCAUUAACCAUAAACUUGACUCUUCUCUAGCUCAUCAUUUCAUUCUACUUCAGCGAGUUGCCAUUACACAUAUGCAAUAACAUCAAUAUUACAACAGCAGUCUCUUCAUUUCGCUUCUUUACAAACCUUCACAUUUCCCAAACUAUGACUUCUAUUGCCACUCCAACUAGCUCGCCAACCAAAGUCCUAUCUGACCCCACCAAUCCAAAUGUUUAUCCUUCUCCUUCCCUUUCUCCUGUUUCCGCUCUUCGCACAAACGCUGCAGACAACUAUCGUAGAUUAUCUGUCAGGGAGUUGAUGACUUCCACCAACCCUCCUGCUUCCCCUCUGGAUGCUCUUGUUAUGGCUCUCGAGGCUACAGCUGAAGGUAUGACUGAGCAUCAUAUCAUAGCACGAUCAAACUCUACUUCUUCCUCGAUCUUCAACUCUGCAAUACAAAGAGGACAAAGAGAAGGGGUAGGAGCAACGGCGGAUGAAGAGGAUCCCAAUGCCACAGUGCCUUCUUCGCCCAGUUUCUUUAUUAAGCAUGCCAAAAUACCAUCACUACACCAACUGCCUAGUCUGGAGCUUCCAGCAGCAGUAUCAACAGUCCCUUCUCAUCUUUCCCUACCAGCCACAUCGUCUUCAGAACAAGCAAUACCCCCUAUGCAGUCGACUUCUAUCUUCAGCAACGAUUUUACGUCAAGUACCCACCCUGUCUCUCCUACCUGUCCUGUUCCUAAUCAGAAUGUCAUCGACUGGCGUAAGCUGUCUGUGAGCAGCCAAGGGUCCGUCGAUUCUACAUCAUCGACCAAUACGAGGGCGGGGCGCCAUAAGAUGUUUGUUUGUUCAGUAAAUAGUUGCGAAAAAAAGUUUUAUCAGGUCGCGCACCUGCGCAUUCACGAACGAUGCCACACUGGGACUCGUCCUUUUCUCUUUUCUGGCCAAUUUUUCACAGCAGGAGAUUUUCAAGUGUUGUCAUUAAGCACACAAGGGUUGCUUUUCCUUUACUUUUUGUUUUUGCUUUUGUUUUUAUUUUAUUUUUUUUUCUUUACUUUAAUAUGUAUGUGUAUUGUUGCCGUUUUUGUGUGUCGGUAAUGCUUUUAUUCCUUAACGGCUGCUCGAGAUUUGAGGAGCCUCUACUCGUGAGUGCCACAACAUGUUUACCACACUACAUCGGCCGUGAUGAAAAGUUGGUACAACCGUCAGCGCGAGCACAGCAUUUCUCAAAACCUUGGGAGAGCUAGAAAGGAAAAACGAUUAUG